CCCACUCUACCGGAGAGGGGUGGGGGCGGGCUUCCACGGGCUGGUAGCGAGAGGAAAAGUAAAGGGAAAAGAAAGAGGAAGGAUUGAAAGAAGUCCUUUCCCAGGGUUCGCACAUAUGUAGCAAGAGCAGGCACAGAAGACAAAGUCAGGAUGUGACAUCAUCUGCAGGAAGGGAAGCCAAAAGAGUAGUUCAGCUUUUUUCUUGACUUGUGCGUUGUCGUGGAGCCAAGUUGAACGUCUCUUUGAGGCAGGGAGAGAGAGAGAGCAAGAGAGGGAGGAGAAAGGGGUGAAGCAGCUGGAGCUGUCCUCCAAAAUACACUCCGGCCUCUCCCAAAGCUUUCGUCAACAUUGUGGAGCUUCCAUUGUAGCACAGCAAGCAGUGAACCCCCGAGGAUCUGGAGCCAGUCUUGAUCAGGUUCUUGUGACCCCAUCCGGGCCACCCCGCCAACUUGAAGGAAAUUAAGCGUCUACUUCAGAGAGUACAAACUGCUCAUCUGUGGGAAGGAACUGCUAAGGACAUGGCUUUGUGUUUGGGUCAGGUGUUCAGCAAAGACAAAACGUUCCGACCUAGGAAACGCUUUGAACCGGGCACCCAGAGGUUUGAACUGUACAAAAAGGCCCAGGCCUCGCUCAAGUCCGGCCUUGACCUGAGGAAGGUGGUGCAGCUGCCCGAGGGCGAGAGCCUCAAUGACUGGGUCGCAAUGCACGUGGUGGAUUUCUUCAACAGAAUCAACCUGAUCUACGGAACGGUCAGCGAGUACUGCACCGAACGUAGCUGUCCCAUCAUGUCCGGGGGGCUCAGGUACGAGUACAGGUGGCAGGACGGCGACGACUACAGGAAGCCCACCAAGCUGCCUGCUCUCAAGUACAUGAACCUGAUGAUGGACUGGAUCGAGUCGCUGAUCAACGAUGAAGAUAUCUUCCCCACCAGAGUAGGUGUUCCUUUCCCCAAGAAUUUCCAGCAGGUGUGCAAGAAGAUCCUGAGUCGGCUCUUCAGAGUGUUUGUGCAUGUUUACAUCCAUCACUUUGACAGUGUAUGCAGCAUGGGUGCAGAGGCCCACAUCAAUACCUGCUACAAGCACUACUACUACUUCAUUUCGGAGUUCAACCUCAUCGACCACUCUGAACUUGAGCCCCUGAAAGAGAUGACUGAGAAGAUUUGCAAUUGAACUACAAAAAUGAAGACUAAUGCUUGCCUUCAAUGAACUUUAAACUAAGAACAUGUUACAAUGUGAGCGGUGUGAGUGUCACUGUGAAUUUUUACAAGCCAGCCACAAUUUUUUCAGGUGGUGUCAAGAUGUAGAUUACUUAUGGGAACAAUAAUGUGCAUGUAUUUAUGCUUGGCUCUUUUUAAGCUAUUUUGAGCUUUUUUUGACGUUUAUUUAAGCUUGUUAAUAUUUUUUUUGCUGUCUUUCCUCCUGUGCAUGUAUUUAUGCUUGUCCUUUUAUAAGUUGAGCUUUUUUAACUUUUAUUGAGUAAAUAAUUGUAUUUUAGAA